AAAGACACAAGGGUGUGCUCCGGCUGUGGUCCUUCUUGAAUUGUUCUCUUUGUCGCGUCUCUACCGCUCGGACUUCAAGUAUUCCUGCGUAUGUACAUACACAACUACAUCCAAAUAUAUAUACCUUCCCACUACCAUACCUCCACUGUCGAUUCACCGAUCUCAUAGGCCUGAGCCCCAAGUCACAAGAUGUCAGGCUGUAUACUCACCCCCAUGUCCUGCGGCGAAUGCCACAGAGACAACAGCAAAAUCUGCUGUAAUAGAUGCAAGGUCAUGUUCUACUGCAGCGAGGAGCAUCAAUUCAGCCACCGCCGACAGCAUGAGAUGUUUUGCGACAUAGUCGCAAUGCAUCGCGCCGAUGUGAAGGCCGCCGAGGCCAAACUCCGCGCGCUUGUUCCCAGCGGAGAAGAUCCUUUUGUGGACCAAGACUUUCCCAUCCCAAGAAACGGACAGGGAGAAGGACUCCAAGGGGCAGUGAUGGACGCCAGAUCCGCACGCCUAGAUCUGCUAAGAGCGCUGGUCUUUAUCCGGAGCCUUGAGGCACGAACCGAGACGUUGGCUCACUCGCUAGGGCUGAUGAGAGGGCCCAAGUGGACCCGGGGGGAAAUCCGUUGGACUGCGGCGGUGAUGUUGGAUUUAGGGAUGGAUCAGGAGUGUUGGGACCUCCUUCAAUGGUGGGGCAUGGCCAACGGUCAACCGGAUGUUGACCGGUUAAGCAUCGUCAGCCCCAGCUUACCAAUACUGAAAUUCCCGCGUGGGGUCAGCGUGAUAGAGCCAAUCGCUGGCGACAGUCAUUGGAUGAUCUUCGACCGUGUAACCCCGUAUCUUCUUCUUCUGAAGGUCCAGGCGCUGCUCGACUUGACUCGCUUGUUCCUGUGCGCCCCCGCCUUUGCGGCCAAGGUGCCCCGGGAGAUCUUUGAUAGCAUCCGAGGGUAUAUCCCGGUGAGCCCCGGAGUGAUAAACCAUCCGGGCCUCCGGGGGAAGCUGACCUAUACCAAUGAGAUCAAGCAGCUGACGAGGCAGAUCGAGAGUCUGUGGGAUGAGGUCGGGAUUGGCCCUAUGGGGGAAAUCUCGGACGUGCUAUACAAGGAUGAGGAUCGGCAUAUGCAUCGUUGGAACGACGGCGGCCAGCCUCUAUCUCCAUGCUUGAUUUGCCUAUUCCUCCGGGAUCCCGAAGCGGUGGCUUACAUUCGGAGCUUCAUUUACCGGGAUGUCGUGAAAAAGCCAUGGUGAAGGGGUUCUAUAUGCUUCUGUCACACUUACAUUCAAUGAUAAUCUAAGAUAUCGACCAAGUAACUCAAAUCGAGUCAAACACAUUAUUAGUAUAACUUGAAAGCAAG